AUGGAUAUCAACGCUGUGGAGCGACCUCCCAUGGAGAUGCCGUAUUCGGCUGCAGGAAUACCGACGUCGAUUCAGAGCAGUCCCAGCACCUUCUCUGCCACUUCAGUCCCGAGCCCCAUGGUUCAAGAUGGCUUCUAUGCGCACCAACCAGCAACCCAGCCAGCAUAUACAGCAGCGGAAACUCAACCAGCUAUGGUUCGGUACCACCAACCGAUUCAGCAUCACAUGGCACAGCCUCAGCAGCCGGUUGUAUCGCAGCCACAGCAUAUGCCUGCCACACCGGAAGACUACUGUCGACCAUCAUGGCACUAA